CGCUUAUGUUGUCCAGGGCUGGGCGCCGCGUCAGCAGCCCCUCAUCCUCUCCCUCCCCUCCCUCUCCUUUUGUUUGUCCUGGACUCCUCCAGCGUCUCCCUCUCUCCCCCCCUCUCUCUCUCCUGAUCCCACAGCGCGCGGCACCCCUUCUCCGUCCCCUCCCUUCUCCUCGCCCCGCUCCACUCCGUCAUGUCUGAUCGGUCUUUCCUCACGGAGGUCGUCACCCAGAUCGGGAUCCUGGCCCUGGCCUCGGCUCUAUCCUUCUCCCUGUACCACGUGGGGGCCAACAUGUACCGGAAUUUCUCGCAUCCCGUCAGCCGGUCAAUCAAGGCGUCCUCCUGCCCGGCGGCCGAUCGCUUGAGUUCGGUCUGGUCGUCGCUCACUCCUCAUGAGCGUGAGAUUGCCAAUGGCCUUGUUCUGCCGGAUUCCAUUCACCAUUCGCUCGAGGACGUUGGUGGCAACGAGGAUGCCAUCCAGCAAAUCCGCCAGGCGGUCCUGGAGCCGCUUCAAUACCCGGACCUCUUCCAGUCGCCGCUCGAUUCUUCGGAUAGUCUUUCCUCCUCGGUCAGCGUGCUGGAGCCCUCGCGGGGUAUCCUUCUGUAUGGCCCGCCGGGCUGUGGCAAGACCAUGCUUGCGCGUGCCAUUGCCAAGGAAAGCCCCCAGGUGGCCUUCUUGAAUGUCAAGGUGUCCUCGCUCGGAGACAAAUACUAUGGCGAGUCGCAAAAGCUUGUCAGCGCAGUCUUUUCGCUGGCCAGUAAGUUGUCUCCCUGCAUGAUUUUCAUUGAUGAGAUUGAUUCCUUCCUGCGCGUUCGCCAGUCUUCCGAUCACGAGGCAUCGGCUCAGUGCAAGGCCGAGUUCAUUGCCUGCUGGGAUGGGCUCAUCGCCUUGAAGGAUGUGGUCCUUGUCGGUGCCACCAACCGCAUGAGCGACAUCGAUCCGGCCGCCCUGCGGCGCUUCAGCAGGAAGAUCCAUGUUUCGCUGCCGGAUGAGAAGUCUCGCAACCAAAUCAUUCGGAAUAUUCUCUCAAACAUCCGGGUUGAGGAUGACUUCGAUUUCGCGCAAAUUGCCCAGUUCACCGAGGGCUUUUCCGGGAGCGAUCUUCUCGAGCUCUUGCGCUCGGCCACCCAGAAGGUGAUCGGUGAGUGUAUCGAGCGGCGGAAUCGCAUGCGUCACAUCAGCCAGGAUGCCGACCCGGAUGCCGCGCAGCGGAUUGCCGUUCGGCCGCUCGCCACCUCGGACGUCACUACCUCGCCGCUGUAUGUUCGGAAGCCGUUGCCGGCGCCGGGGCCCGGUUCCGGCAGCACCCCGGCCGGCGCGGGCGAGGAUGUAUCCCUGGAGCAGCUCCUUUCCUUUAUUUUCUCGCGUUUCAACUCGCCGAUUCCCCCGUCGAAUCCGCCCUCCAACCUGACCUAGUCUCCGGCCGCGGAUCCCGGCCGGGAGAAGCCAGGCCCGGGAGGACGCCCCUGCCGGCCAUGAUGAAUGGAGGCAGCCGGGGGAGGCAGAGGAGGCGCCUGGUGUGCUCGAGCCUGGCCCGCGCGCGCGCGCGCGCGCG